AUGUCAGUAAAUUAUAGUGUACGCUUCUAUAUCUACGAUAAAAAUACGUUAGAGUAUCGUGCUAGUUGGUCAUUUCCUAUGCAGUUUCCAUUUUUACCAGUACAUCGUCUGGCUUUUCAAUUGCAUGUUCCAACAAAGAGUAUUGUCAUAGAAGAAUGUCAAGACCUUCAAUGUGGUGUGCAUGGCCAUUGUUCACGGUAUAUGAACACGAACAUUUCAUUCUGUUAUUGUGACGAAGGCUGGUCCGGUAAAUUGUGCGAUAUUCAACACAAAUGUGACUGCGCAUCAGGUUCAAUUUGCCUUCCUUCAUUUGCCUGUUUAUGUCCAUUAGAAAAGUUUGGACCUCGAUGUUAUGUAAAACAUCAGGAAUGUCCUUGCAAGAAUGGUGGAGUUUGUGUACCAGAUGAUGAACGAUCGAUUAAUUAUAGAGGAGUUUUCUGUAUUUGUGCAGACGGUUAUGCUGGUCCUACUUGUGAAAUACUUAACACAAAAAUAGAAGUUUACUUUGCAAGAGAAAUGGCAAUACCACUAUAUAUACUAGUGCACUUCAUUCAAGUAUUUGGCAAGCAAGCACCUCCCAAACAAGCAACUAUUUUUAAGCAAGUUCGACUCGAUGAAGACAAAGCAACACUCCAUAGAACUAUCCCGUUCCACCUUGGUUUUGUUGAAACAAACUCAAAAACUUACUAUCUCAGUUAUCUGCAACAAAAUUAUGUACCAUCAAGCAUGCUUUUAUGGACUGUCUCAUUCUCGGAUCAUUGUUCGCCAAUCGUUGAACUUUUCAAUCAAACUAUUGUUUCAAUGCAUAUUCUUCGUCGAAUGAAAUACUAUCAUAUUCCUUGUCGAGAACGAAAGAAUCUUGCGUGUUUUUAUGAUGAACGUCACAUGUGUAUUUGUGAUCGUGAUCGUCGUCAAGCAAACUGUCUCGAAUUCUAUCACAAUUCAACUUACAACUGUGAAGGACGAAUCAUAUGUGAGAACGGAGGUCAAUGCUAUAUCGAUGACUCCAAAUGUCCAACUUCAUUCAUGUGUGUUUGUACACCAUGUUCAUAUGGAUCACGAUGCCAAUUUUUACGAACAAGAUUCGAUCUCUCACUUGAUGCUAUUCUUGGCUAUCAGAUUCGACCAAAGAAAUCAUUGAUAGAGCAACGCUUUGCCAUCAAAAUGACUAUUGGGAUCGUUAAUUUCAUGUUCGUAUGUAGUCUUGUCAGUGGAAUAUUAUCCAUUCUAACGUUUCAAACGAGAAAGGCACGAGAAGCAGGUUGUGGUUACUAUCUUUUAAUAUCAUCAUAUGUUUCAAUCUUACUUAUGGUUAUAUCUGUAAUCAAAGUAUCUCUUGCUAUCACAUCACAUAUGGCUCUGAUAACAAAUCAUGCUUUCCUAUCAUUAACUUGUAUAUUAAUUGAAUUUCUCAUAAAAAUAUUUUCCAAUUAUGGUGAUUGGCUCAAUACAUGCGUGUCAAUUGAACGAGCUGUUACUGUCAUGAAAGAAAAUACAUUUAAUCAAAAUAAAUCAAAGCAAGUUGCUAAAUAUAUGAUUGUCGUUGUUUUUCUAUUGGUCAUUGUAACACACUUACAAGAUCCCAUUCAUCGGCAGUUAAUCGAUGAUGAAAAAGAAGAUAGACAAUGGUGUGUGGUCCAAUACAAUUCGUUUCUCAAAACUUAUAAUUCAACUAUACUAUUUAUUCAUUUUCUCGGUCCAUUUACAGUCCAUAUUAUUUCAGCUCUUCUCAUCAUCAGCAAAGUUGCUCGACAUCGCGCUGCUGUCAAAAAGCAUCAAACCUAUAUUCAACAUCUUCACAUUCAGGCUAAUCAAUUCAAACAUUUAUUGAUCAGUCCAUUUAUUCUCGUUGGUUUAGGUUCACCUCGAGUAGUUAUAUCAUUUUUAUCUGAUUGCAUGAAAUCAUCGAGAAAUCCUUGA